AUGGUGGACCCUCGCAUUCAGCAGGCAAUUGCCAACGGCACCGUCCCGGACGAUAUUACCGCUGAAUAUCUGAGCGAAUCUCGCGAUGGCCCGUCGAUUAUCGGUAUCGUUUUCGUCACAGCACUGACCUUUGUCGUCGUUUGCACGCGAUUGAUAUCACGAUCAUGCAUUGUGCGACGCAUUGGCAUUGAUGAUGGGCUAGCUACAUUGUCAUUGGCUCUGCUGAUAUGCUUUGUUGGGUUGAGCAUCGAACUGAUCAACUUGGGAUCUGGGAGGCACUUUGCCUUUAUCGAAUACAUCAUGGACGUCCCUACGGUUCUCCAGACGCAGGUGCUGGAUUUCGUCGCGCACAUCAUCUACACGACAGCCCUGCUCCUAUGCCGUGUAUCGGGUCUCGCGUUCUACCAGAGAGUCUGUGGACAGCACAACAACUUCCAGCUCGCAAUCAAGAUUGUGUUGGGCAUCCUGGUUGCCGGGUUUCUACCCCAGAUCUUUUUGCUCAUCUUCCAUUGCAAGCCGGUCACGGGCUACUGGCCGUACGGUUGGGAGCCCGUUGCUCCGCGGUAUACUUGCCUGCAGUGGGGCGUGGUGUACAGCGUCAACUCUUCUGUUUCGCUUCUCUGCGAUCUGCUUCUGUUUGGCAUUCCAAUUGCCAUGCUACGGACGUUGGAGAUGUCUCGGAAGCGAAAGAUUCAGUUGGCCGGAAUUCUUUUGCCCGGUGUUGCAGUCAUUGCCAUUUCGAUUACUCGACUUGUCCUCGUCAUCCUAGGCCAGUGGGAGAGUGACGAAUCUUGGUCAUACGACCCCAUGCUUGGCGUGGAAGCGUCUGAGAUUGGAGCCACGCUGAUUGCUCUGUCUGUGCCGGGAGCCAAGCCACUCUUUGACAAGGUAUUCUUCAAGAAGGACGAUAGCCAGACAAGCGGUGCAUCGCAUUAUGGCCGCAAGACCAACACUUUUCGGUCUCGAGGGACUGCUCUCAGCACGCUGAGGUUCCAGUCGGGCAGCCAGCACAGCAUAUUGGGAAGUCAGGAAGACGGAAACGAGGGGGGCAAAUACGGCCCCGAAGCCGUGGCAAGCACUGGCAGCAGGCGUGUCAACGACCAAGACGGCAUCUACGUACAGAUGGACUUUGAACUGAAAGAAGCUCGGCUCAAUACGAAUACGACCGGGAGCCUGGAUAGCCGGUAA